GAAGGACAAAAAGUAGAAAUAGCAUUAUUGAUAUCGCAAACCCACAUGGAGCACUGCCAUGCUUUGAUCCGUGCUUGGAUAUUGGAUAUUAUCACCAGGUGGAAGCAUCUGCAGCAACCGCCCCAGGCGCUGCAAGCCCCAUGGACUGCUGGAUGGCGUCUGGGGAUAUUAAUAUACUGUGGAAUCCUGGAAGCAUUCACCGACGAGGGGUUUCAAGAUCCGCGUAGACGGGGGUUUAGCGACAAGGCUGGCCUGGUCCUCUUAAGACGUGAAUAUCCUGGCCUGGAUGACCUGUACAUUGUACAAACAUCUUAAUCGUCACAUUUUCCGAGCAAUCAUACCUUCACCAUGACCCGUCUGGUCAUCUUUGACUUUGAUGGCACUCUUUUUGACACCAUCCAAUGCGUCGAGCAUUCAGUCAAGCUCACCUUCGAGUCCCUCCUCCCCACUCAUGUCCCCGCGCCAGCCGACAUCCAUUCUUUAAUCUCCAGCGGUGCCGGCAUCUCAGACACGUUGCGGGCCCUCCAUCCCGACACCGCCGUCUUCAAUGCUACAGAGGACCAGUGGGUCGUCAGGUAUCGUGAGCUGUACGCUACACAUGGCCAAUCCCUCACCAAGCCCUAUCCCGGUGCAGAACGGCUGCUGCGGUACUUGAAAUCGGAGAAUAUCCCGACAGCCAUUGUAACCAACAAGGGUAUCGCGGCGGUCAAGACCGCACUGGAGCAGAACGGGCUUAAAGAAUAUGUGCCCGAGGAUCUGAUAGUCGGUGAUAAAACGCCCGGAGCAAAACGGAAGCCUGAUCCGGCGAGUUUUGCCAACGUGCUGGUGCCCACUUUAAAGGCACGAUAUGGGGUGGAGGGGCUAGAGGAUGGGGAAGUGUUGAUGGUAGGGGAUACUGUUGCGGACAUCAAGUUUGCAGCCAGCAUUGGGGGGAAGAUAUGCUGGUGUCGAUACGGACAAGGCGAUCAUGCAGAAUGCAGCGCGUUGGACCCUGAUUUUGACGUUUCUUCACUGGGGGAUCUGGUCGAAAUAAUUGGGAGGGAAAAGGGGAUAUGACCCGUUUGUCCGGUUACGGAGUAUGUAUUCAAUAAUGUACAGAAUGGAGUAGAUUAGAUGCCCUAGACCGUUCUUUAUACACCUGAAACAGAUCAGCGUUGUCGGCGAUGCGAGAUAAAACCGAGCGGGAUGCGUCAUUAUCCGCAACGACUCAUAAUUUUCCCCGGCAUGC